AUGAUCAGUAAUUCAAACAUCUGUGAUUCAUGUAAUAGACUAAGUAAUGAAAAAUUCCUAAUAAUUCCUGAUGGUUGUUAAAAGGAGUGCCCAAUUGGCCACAGUUAUGAUGAAGAUUACAUCUGUUAUUAAAAUAAUAGUAAUUUUUUCUAUAUUUUAAGGAUUAUUGUAGAUUGCAAUAUCAUCUAAUAUUUAGACACAAAUAUCAUUAAUUGAAUAAAAUAUUAUUUAACUACUAUAAUCUGCUAUCUCAAUAAGAAUUGUAGUUACCAUAAAAUUCAUAACAAAUUAAAAUAUUUAUAUAUAUUUUAAUGAGAGAUAAAUAUUAACAAUCUACAUCAAUUAAUUUAUUUAUAUAGAUCCUAAUACAAAAGUUGCUCUUAUUUUUUAAGGGACUGAUAAAAUUAGAAUUGAAUUAAAUUCUAAAAUUGAUUCGACCAAUUUAAUUAUUAAAUUUAAGAAUUCAGAAGUGAGUUCAUCCAUCUAAAUUGAAGAUUUUUAAAUAGAAUAGGAAUUAUGUGUUGAAUUUUGUUAAAUUUGUAAAAGCUACAAUUAAUGUCAAAUUUGUGACACUUAUAAGAAACUAUAUAAUGGCUUAUGUGUUGAUAAAUGUCCUGAAUCCACUAAUGAAGUAUAAAAUAGUUGUUUUGAAUUGGAUGAAAAAUUAGAUGAUUAGGAACAUCUAAUUUGGAAAAUAUUGGUUAGAGAAUUUUUCGACAUUUCAACAACAAAAGAAAAAAUUGAUAAUUUAUUUACUCUUGAGAAUAGUCUUAACAAUAAUUUAAAUUUUCAAAAAGGUUAAGGUAUUUACUUUUCAUACAUUCCUGAUAAAAGAAUAUUUGGGGGACCAUUUGUUUGGGUAAAUGCAUAAUUUAAAUUUUUCCUUAAAUUAACUGAAUAAGAAUAAGUUCUAAAAUUGAGUUUUGAAGUCUUCUUAGGAAGUAAGUAAAAUAAAUAAAAUUCAUUACACUUUACUGUUAAUAAUAAUAACAAUGUAUAAACAUUAUUAUUAUCAAACAAUUAAAAUGUCUUAGAAGACCAUAGUUGGGAUGACAAUUAUAAGACAUAAAAAUUUGUUGUAACUUAAAUGGUUUAUUAUCAAUCAAGUAGGUAAAAUGAAUUAAACAUACUAUUUCAUUGUGAUAGUGAUGACAAUCAAGCUUUUUGUGGAAUUCAAAACUUUAAAGUGAUAUCAAUUUAAUGCUAGAAAGGCUUUUUAUUUGAUUAAUAUAAUUAUUACUUGAAAUAAAACCCUUGCAUUCCUAUUUGUGGUGAUAAUCUUGUAGUAGGUAAUGAGGAAUGUGAUGAUGGAAAUCUAGAGCCAUUUGAUGGAUGUUAUUUAUGCAUGUUUUAAUGUGAAGAGAAUUGUAGUUUUUGUAUUUAUGGGUAAUGUUUAUUUACAUUAAAUUCAAUAAUCUAUAAGUUUGAUAUUAUUGAUCUUCCACCAUCUCAAAAUUAGGAAGUGUUAUGCUAAUUAUCAUGUCAAAUUUGUAUUAGUAAUAUGUGUAUCUAAUGCAGUUAAGGUUUCUAUUUAAAUUUAAUAACUAAUUAAUGUGAAACCAUAUGUGGUGAUUCUAUUGUUGGAGGGAAGGAAGAGUGCGAUGAUGGUAAUUUAGAUAAUUAUGAUGGAUGUUCAUACUGCUAAUUAGUUAAAUUUAAUAAAUGUGAUUAUGAUGUAGAUAAUUCUAAAUAAAAGUGUGCAGUAUGUCAUUUUGGCAUUUGUAUUUAAUGUAAUUAAGGAUAUUACAAAGAGGAUGAUAAUUGUUAUUCAUAUUGUGGUGAUGGACUAGUAAAUGAAUAAACAGAAGAAUGUGAUAAUUAUAAUGAAAUAGGAUGCGUGAAUUGUAAAGUAGCAGAUGGAUAUAUUUGUGUUAAAUUAGGUUUAUCUCCUUGCUUAACUUGUGGCAGCAAUUGUAUUGAAUGUUAACGAAUAAAUUAGGAUAAACUUUAAUGUUUAAGUUGUUUAGAUGGAUAUUAUCCAUUCAAUGAUGAAUGUCUUAUAUGUGAUUCUUAUUGUAUUACUUGCAAAGAUCAACCAAAUCUAUGUACUUCUUGUUACAGAAAUGAUUGUGAAUUAUGCGAAAGAUUUCCUGGUCUUUAUACUGACAUUUAACUAAAGAAGUGCAUUUCAAAAUGUGGAGAUGGAAUAUUAAUCAAAGAAUCUGAGGCUUGUGAUGAUGGAAAUUAAAAUAAUAAUGAUGGAUGUAAUUCAGAAUGUAGUAUUGAAUACUCAAAAGAAAUGAUAAAUUCUCAAAAAAGAUGGGAAUAUAAAGGAAAGAAUUCUUAUUAAGUUUACUUAUAGAAUUUGGAUCUCAAUUUAAAUUGUCAAUCGGCAAAUAUAACAAUUGAUCGUUACAAAAUCGAAGAUUUCUAGUACAACUUUACAAAAUAUAAUGAAAUUUGUAUUUUUCAAUUUGAAUAUUCAACUUCAAUAUUCAAAUAUAAUACUAUACAUGUGAUCCUUUCAAUUUCAGUCUAAUCUUAUAGAAUUUUGAAUGAAUUGGAUUAAUUUUAAGUCUAAUUUACUAUUGAACCAUAAGAAUAAAUCAUUAGAUCAGAAACAGAAUAAGUUUAUGCUGAAAAAAUAGAAAAAUAUAUGUAGAAUUUUGCUUUAUUAAUACUUAUACUAAUUCCUUUAUCAAUAAUAACAGAAACAUAUGAGUAUUUAUGGAAUAUAUUAGAAGUUUUAAGUUGGAUAAAUAAUUUCUAUUUUUUUAAUGUUAAGUAUCCAUUUGUAGCUGAAUACUUUUUUAUUAUAAGUGAUUGGUCAUAAAUAAUAGAUUUUCCAACUUUUUAAGGGUGGAAUCAACCAGGAUGUGAUUAUUAUUUUUAAGCCCCCUAACGAUUUUAAAAUAAAGGAAUUAAUCCCUUAUUUAUUAACAAUGCCCAAGUAUCAUUCAUGUUUAUAUGUUCAGCAAUAGUAUUUUAUGCUAUAAAUUAUUUAAUUUUAAUAUUAUUUUCAAUUCUAGAUUCAAUUUUAAAAAAAUAGAUUAUUGUCAACUUAAAACAUUUUAGUAUAUUUAAUUUAUAGAAAAUUUCCACUUUAAAUCCUAAUGCUCGAACCAAAUAAGUUAUAAUUUAGUAUAACUAAUUUACUUCUAAAAUAGUUAUUAAAUUAAUAGCAAUUUCUAAAAAUUUUAAAAGUAAAAUAAAAUCAACUAUUAACUUAUGCUUUUUGGAUAUUACAAUGGCCAUAGUAUUGUAAUUAACUUUCGCUAAGAGAUUUGAAAAUCUCAUUAUCACUUUUAAUCAUGGAUUAGCAUUCUUUUCAAUAGGAUUAAUUUGUUAUUAACUCUACUAAUAAUGUCAAACCCUCAACAUCCAUAAACUUUUAGCAGAGAAUUAACAAUUUAAAGAAAAAUAUGAAAUAUAUUAUGAAGACAUUAAUACAGAGAUUUCAUUUGGAUAUUAUUACAAAUUAAUAGGGUUAUUAAGAAAAGUAUUCUACAUAUUUUUCAUGAUAUAAUUUUAUUCUUACCCUUUGAUUCAAACAUCUUUAUGCUUAAUAUCUAGUUCACUAGGUUUUAUAUUAUUAUUUUAUGUGAAUCCUUUCUCAAAUAAAAUGAUAUAUUUCACUCAUUUUAUAUCAGAGCUCUGCUUAAAUACAAUCAUACUAAUUGUUGUUUUAUUAGCAGUUCAUGAUUAAAACAAUAUAAAUUUCAUUGAAAAUAAUAUAAUUAUAAUUGGAUGGAUUAUUAUAUCUUUUGUAGUUUUAGCUGUUGUCUUUGAAAUAACAGUGUUAUGUGUUUUAUUAAUUAAAUCUUUAUACUAAAAAUUGAAAUUUAUUCUGGGUAAGUAUUAAAACAUCUAAAAUAUAAAUUAGGAACCAAGUAACCAAAUUCCAGAGUCUAAAAACAACUUGCAGAAUCAAUAGAAUCACUAACUCUGUAAAAUAAAACAAAAAUAAUCAUUAAAUAAUUUACCCAUUAGACGAAUCAAUUUAAGAUUUUAUGGCAAAAUGGAAUGUAACUAAAACCUUUAGAAAUGAUAUUUUAUUUGAAUGUGAACAAACUAUAAAUUAGGAUUAAUAUUACGAAUAAAACUUCCAUAUUUAAAAAUUGAUUUUUUUUUUCUAUAAAUUAAAUUUGCAAAAGUGUUUUAGAACAGCAGUAUUAUUAAUUAAUGAGUUUGAAAUUCUCUUGAAGCUGAUAAGUAAAAGCUUCAUUGAUUUAUUGAACGUUCUUUAGAAAUUCCUUGUUAUUUUCUUUAUAGAAUAAAUUAUUAUAUUCAUUUGCUAUUUUAAAUCUUAAUUUUGA